AUGAACGAAAUGAGAAAUGAAAUUAAUUCAUUAAAAGAAAAGGUUUCUUCAUUAGAACAUAAAAUCGAAUUAAAAGAAGCACUUGACUUUAUUAAACAAAAAAUUGGAUUAGAACAAGGAACUAAUGUUGAACUAUAUGGUAUAACUGUUGAAGAUCUUCUUGAAGGAGAAUUGACGUGUGUUUCUAAUUUUCAUGAUGGAACACCUUCAAAGAAUACAUAUAAUAAUACUGCAUUAACAACAAAGAAAGGUAAAAAGAAAGAGAUUAGGUGUGUUUCUUCAACAAACUUAGACAGAGAAGGUAAAAUUCAAAUGCUUUGGAAAGACAGUAAUACUGUUGUUCUUUGUCCUAGUUUAGUACAUUAUUAUGAGGUCAGUAUUAAAGGUAAAUCAGAGUAUUGCUGGAUUUCUGUUGGAUUGAGUUCUACUAAAACAAUGAUUAGAAACCAUCAAAUUGGGUGGGAUAAAAGAACUAUUGGAAUUCAUUCUGACGACGGUAAAGUCUUUAACGAAAAUGGAAAAGUUGGAUUAAAUUGUACAACGUCAUUUGGUCCUGGUGAUGUUAUUGGAUGUGGAUGGAACUCAACAAACAAAACAGUUUUCUUUACUCGAAAUGGAGAAAUGUUAGGGACAUUUAACUAUCCUCAUACUGUAUUAAAUUUUGGAAUUGGAAUGAAAGACUUUGAAAAAAUAGAAAUUAAUACUGGAGAAAGAGAACCUUUUGAAUUUGACUUAUGUUCUUUUAUUGAAGAGUUAGUUGCUAAUCACUGUCAAAAACAAAGCUAUGAUGAUUCUAUUGAAGAUGAUGAAAACUCUAACACAACUUUUGGCUCUGAAGAACAAAAUGAAGAAAAGAUCGUUGAAACAAAAAUGCCAUUAAAAACAAGUCACAAAAGAGAUCAUUGUGGUUGUUGUGAAUGUAAACAUCAUCAUUAA